AUGUCUACGUCAAACCACAAUCGGCCCUACGGAGGAGGAAGCUCCCCUCCCAUUCGCCGGCAGCAGAACAACCACCGAAGCAAAAACAAUGGCGUGAUCAACGUAAAGUUUCAGAGGUCGGGAAAAACCACGGUUUGGGGAGCAGGUGGUCAACAGCAACACUACGCAGACGGGGCAGGAGGAGAGCAUGGUGGCAACGAUAUCAACAAUAUGGAGCAGCAGCUGAGUCCAUCCGGAAAAAAUUCUAGUAGCAAUAACGGAAGCACAAACAGUGUCAACAACAUUGCGAACAGCAACCAAGGUGGAAGUACUUCCAAUUCAUCCGCUGCUGGUAAUAAUAUCACAGUCUACAGGGGUCAGCAGGGAAAGGGACAGCAGGGCGGUAGCGGUAUGGUUCACUAUGGCAAUGGAAUCAAUGUUUCAUCUAUCAAAUGUAAAAAUGUCUGGGUCUGGAAGAUUCUGAGACUUGUCAUGCAUGUUUUGCAUUGGCCAUGAUGUCUGUGAUGCAUGCCCUAGCAUCACAGAUUUUUUGAGGGCUUCGCGAUGCCUAUUCCGCAUGACAAAUUCCCUCUCCGCGUAGCAAAAAUUGCAUUCCCUUUGCUGCUCAUGCAAUACAGAUUUUUUUGGAAUCCAAAUUCAGCAUCACAAGUCGCAAUCUUCCAGACCCAGACAUUUUUACUUUUGAUAUCAUCCACGACCUCGGGCGGCUACAACAACUCGCAUGGACAGCAGCACGGCCCCUAUCAAAUGUAAAAAUGUCUGGGUCUGGAAACUUGUAAUGCUGGGUGGCGUCUCAUGAUGAGGCUACAAAUGCUGGCUCAGCAUGACAAGUUUCUGAGCUCCUAGGUGUUGCCUCUUCUGCAUGACAAACUGCGCUCCUGCAUCACAGAAACGCGUAGCUCUUGGGUAACGUGCAUGACAGAUUUAAGAGUCAUGCCAGACAAGCAUGACAAACAUGAAGUCUUCCAGACCCAGACAUUUUUACACUUGAUAGCCCCCGCGGAGGUACAACGAAUCUCGCUGCGCAGGGCCAGCAACAGGUGUCUUACAAAAGUAACAACUCCAACGCAGGUGGGCAGCAGCAGCACCAGCAGUACGGUGCCAGCACCAACACCUCUCGCGGAGGCGGAGUUCAGCACCAGAACAUGACCCCGAGUGUGGGAAACGUGCCGCACAUCCAUCAACGGUCGAAAAACGGAACCAACAUGCACGGCCAGCAACAGCACCAGCACGGCUCGUCGUAUCAUGCGACCGGUGGAAAUAACGUCGCGACCGGCAAUUAUCGUGGUAACAACGACCACGAGAAUUAUCGUAUGUCCAACGCGAGUAGCCGAGGAGGCGGCGGGAACAAUCAUGUACGCAACGCUGGUCCGCGGAACAACGGUGGAAAUAGCAACAAUCCGAUGAACAUGAACCACGCAGCCAAUGGUGGGCAACACCAGAACGCCAGCGGCAUAUCAAACCAAAACGCCUUCGGAGGACAGCAACAGCAUCAGAACCAGCAGCACCAGCCGUUCGUGAACCCCCUGGAGCAGAUGUUCAAUGCGAGCAAUCUUUUUUCCCAUGAACAUAUGAUGAACCAGGUCAAUAUUCAGACCGGCGGGCCAAACAGUCAGACAGCUCCCGGCCAGCACCACCAACCCGGCACCCUGACCGCCAACAACGGGCUCGUCAGCUUCACGCCGGGGGCCCCGGUGGCGGCCGCCGGGGGUGGAGUGGGGAACUCGGCAUCGAAAUCCGGAAUGAGUGGCGGGGGAACUACAAACCACAACAGCACGUCCGGCGUGACCAACGGAAAUAACACUGGUGCAGCGAAUGCGAACAGCAACAAUCCGAAGACGAUGCAGCAGAUGUUGAGCCAGAUGCAAAACCAGAUGCAAAAGACGGGGUUUCAGUUUCCUUGCAACCUAAUGACCCUGAUGAACAUGAACAUUCAGCAGCCCAACUCGGGUCAGCAGCAGCCGCAGCAAGUGGGGCCCCAGAUAGUAAGCAACAAUGCCGCCAACAACAACGCCCACCAGAUGACGGCGAAUGCCAUGCAGAGUCAGCAGUGGCACUUGCUGUUGAAGGGGAUCGAAACGCACUUAGUGGAGCUGUCCUCGAAGUGCAGCAUUUGCCCGGACCGCAAACGUAUGAUGGAUCAUUUGUUCCGGCAUGCCGUGCGGGCCGAAGUUCAAAACCAACUGCGCUCGCAGCGAACCCAGGAGCCCGCGUUCGUCAGGUGACAAAAGUUGUUUUUGUUUUUUGAUUCUAUGUUUUUAUUUUCGGGCAUUAAUUAUUGUUUUAUUCCCGGAACAGCAUGUGCAUGCGGGAGGUUCGAGAACCUCUACUUGCGUUCUUCAGUAGGGUCAUCGCAUGAGAUGAACAACAAGUCGAAUCAUUGCAGGUUGUUUGGUAGUUGCGUGAAUGGGUCCGCUACCAACGACAGCGACUACGAUUGUGGGAUUCGUCUCCCGAUCGAGUUGCGGGAGGAGCUCGAGGACGCGGUGGAGCACAGCACUUUCCCCAUGCGGGCGAAAACCCACAAUUUUCCGUUGAUCCUCGCGUUGCGCCGCUUGAUUUCCGGCAUGAAGCACCGGGGGUUCAGCUGCCAGUGCAUCGAGGAGGCCCGGGUGCCAAUCCUGCGCUGCAAGCUUGUGGAUAGCACGGAGGACAAGGAAGGCGAGGACCCCAAGGACAAGGCGUUGCCGAUCUGGACCACACUCCAGCCACCCCCGUUUUCCCCGCCGCCCCCCGCAAAGGUUGAGGAGGUGGAGGUGGAGGUGGAAGACGAUGAUAGAGUGGACGUCGACAGCUGCACCAGCAGCGCGUCCAAAGAACAAGGAGGGGCUACGGCAUGCAGCGAACCUGCGGGAGGUGAUGUAAUGGAAGUUGAACAUCAAAAUAGCACGACCGUCACGGUCGCGGACGGGGCUUCUACGGUAGCUGCCCAAAUUGGUGUCGCCCAGACCGCCGAAAUCCAGUUAGAUAAAAAGACGAUUUCCAUCCAACUGUGCCCGCCGGACCUGCUCCCGCCGCCCCCGAGGAUGGACCCGCCCGGCAUGCUGGAGCCGCCGGGCCUGGAGCCGCCCGGCAUGGACCCGCCGCCGUCGCAGGCGGGCAUGGAAAUAAGCAGCAGCACUCUCGCCCCGCAGAAUGUGAUCCGCGGCAAAGAGCGUCCGCAAUCACCGCCACCGCAGCCGCCGCCUGGACUGGAAGGGCUGGAAAACAAGCAGCCGCAGCAUACGUUUAAUAACGACCAGGUCGUAGUACACCGCACCAACCAGCAGCCACAGCCUUUUCAACAACAGCGGCCGCCGCCGGCGAUUUUGCACACUUCGGCCGGUUUGCCAGUCCUGUCGAUCGGGAAUAAGAAAAAGCCCUUGCCACACACAAUCCCGAUCCCCAGCUCCCCGCCCCCGCCGAUGCCCCCGCCACCGCCGGGGCUGCCCCAGCAGUUGCUCGCGCAACACCACCAGGAACAGCACCAGCAAACGGAGAUCGAAAUGGUGGUCGAGGAGCAUAACGUCACUAUCAUCGAUCCACCGGCCAAGACGGCUGCGUCGAACAUGCCCCGUAGUACCAGCACCGCGGAUCAACAUCGCCGAGUCACGUCGGAGGACCUGUUUCUGUCCCUCCCGACGAGUCCCCCGCCGACCAUGCCGCCCCCAAGUGUGCAUCAGAUGGCUUUGUUACCGCGCAGCACCAGCAGAACCUCGACUGCGGGGGGCGGGAAGUCGUGUAAUGGGACGACCACUAGCAAGAACCAGAACGGCGGUUGUAACUCCUCCGCGACGAGCAACGUGACCGCUGGUGCGCAGCAAACGUCCACGACCUCGGUUGGCGUGACCACUACCACAACAACCGUGUCUUCGUCGUCCCAAAAAGAAAGUACAGCAGUAGUUGCAAACAACAGUCUGCUUCCCCCAACUGCGCCGCCGACCGGGCCUCCGGCGCUUCCGACGAUUUUGCCUCCGCCCUCGCUGCCGUCGACCUUGCCGCCGAUGCUGCCGCCGUCGCUGUCCCCACGGCGCAGUCUGUCGAUCUGCACUAGCCAAACGGGGGAUCUUCACGUGCGGUCGCGGAAGUGCACAGAAGCUGGCACUGUUGUUGGAGGCGGGUCCUCGUGUGGAGCUAGUAAUGCGGGCGUUCAACCCGCCCUUGAACAGAAGCAGCAACCUGAGCCGCCGCCGUUGAUGCCGCUGCUGAAUAUGAGCAGCUUGACUGACCAGACCGGCAUGAACAACACGUCCCUGAACAUCAGUUGCGAUACGACUGUGGUUGAGAAAGAAAGCAGUUGUAACGAAGACAGUUCAUCCGGUGUUGUUGACAAAGCCGCAGACCACAUCGGUUCUGGGGCGACGAGCGCGCAAGUAGUCACCGAGGGCAGCGGUGGAGGUUCUUACCAGCAAAGCAAAACUACGGGUACCACUACCACGUCCGGUGCCGCCGCAACCCUGCCCGAGGACAUCACGAUUCGCGGAAACUACAAUUUAGCUACGUUCGACAUCAGUGUGGCCACGGAGGAUUUUGUCUUUGAGAAUUCCCGUUUGCUCCAGCUGUACACCGACCUGCAACACCCGUACUUCGGGCAGCUGACGAUUCUGAUCAAACGGUACUUCAAGCUCGCGGGCUUGUGCGACGCGCACAGCGGGUUCUUAUCCUCUUACAGUCAUCAGUUGCUGUUGAUCCACUUCCUGCAGCGCCGGCGAUUGUUGCCCUACUUGCAGGACCCGGAUCUCGUUGCGAAGUGGGAGAAUGAGCGCAAAGACGCCAGGGAGGAGCUGGAGCGGCUGGAAGAGGAGGCCGCGGCCGCUGAGGCGGGAGAAGACAACGACGACGAAGAAGAGGAUAGCGAUCAUAGCAUCGGGAAUAACGGCGCUCCCCACUCGACCUGCGACUCUCCGAAAAAGAAGUCAUCCUCCACGAACUUAGAAGUUGUAGUCCUUGGGCAACAGCAGGACAAAUCCACCUCUGGUGCCGACGACCAACGUGGAAUGACUAGUAAAAAGGACCACGACGACCAGAAGAGGAUGAACACUUCCGCGAAAAAGAAGCAGGAUACGACCCCGGACACCGCGUCGACGACGACGAGUCCGGAUCAGGUGACUUUGAAGGAGAAAAAACAUCACCUACUAGCGCCCUCCUCCCACCACACGACGACGACCGCCAGCGGCGCGAUUAUUUCCGGGGAGCGCGGAGACUGGAUGCGGAAAGAGUGGGUGGAGGAGGCGAAAUUUGUGGACUGGAAGCUGUUCUGUCCCUGCGAGGACCCGUUGGACUACUUCCCGGAUGUGCAAAAACUGCCCUACGAGGCUGGCGCGGACAAAGGUGGAAACAAGUUCGUGAUGCCGGUGUUAUACCAGCUGUUCUGGGACUUUUUGUGCUACUGGGCGCAUUUCAAGCCCUUCAAGUUCAUGGUCAGCAUUCGUCGUCGCAUCAUGUUCUCGGACUGUACGUAUCAGAAAGAGGAGUGGCACUGCGUGGAGACGGGGAACGUAGUGGGACCAGAAGUACUUCUUGCGGAGAAGAAAAACGCGUUUACUGGGGGCGGGGAGCAGCACAACAAUAAUACCUCCAUCUUCGACCAAAUUGGCAACAGCACCCUGUACGGUGUGGGACUUUUUCUUUCUCCUGAAUUUCAAAAGGUCAAAUUUUGUGUUGAACGGAAAUGUUGAACUUUGCAUGGGUAAUAUUAAAGAGUAGGGAACAAACUCUUGUUCAUUCAUUUCGACGCAUUUCCUUCUCAGCCUGCGACACUGGACUUGCAGCGAAGUUUUGUAAAGUCGUGCAUAUAAUGCAAAUGCGCAUAGCUCUGUUGACCUGAAUAUCUCAGGAGGAUUUAUUCACUUUCUGCCAGCAUACAUGAAACGAGUCGUCGUCCUUUUUCGACAAUGUCUGCGAGUCGAGCCAAGACGAUGAGAAUUGCAACUCCAGCGUAUCCUCCAGUUCUUUUGGCUUGAAGGAGGAGCAGCAGGAGAACUUGCAAACCUUCGACAUCGCAGGCACGAGUACCACAAGCGACCACACUAAAAACGUGCUGACUGCGUCGAAGCCUCCUGUUAACAAACCGGUGAAGAAAAAACUUGUCAAGGCCUUUCGGUGUCUCGUGUCCGAGGAAAAGUCGAAGUUCUACUUCAAGAUUGAAGAUCCCUGCGAGCCCGGGCGCAUUCUGGGCAUGGUGGACUACAAGUUCCAGCAAUGGCACGCGCACAUCAAGCGCGACCAGGAGCUACUCGCGAUUCAUCCGUCGUUCAUUUUCCAGGUGCUCAAAAUGGAGCCCAGUCCGGAAUUCGCGCCGAGCUUGGGGAGUACCACAACGACCAACAUGCUGGGGACGAGUACUGGUGCUGGUGCAGGAUUACCUUCAUCCGCAGCCGGGAAUAAUCUUCACCAUCAAGCUUCUGCAGGAACUACGAGUAAUAACACAAACACGAAUUCGACUUAUGACCAGACCGCGCCGACGCUAUUCGUACCGUUCCCCGCAAACCUUCCUAACAGCACGACUGCGAACAACGGCAAUACGACUGGCGCUGCGAAUUUCUCGAUGAACCCGAUGCACUUGCAGCCCUUCGCGAGCAGUUUUGCACAGUUAGGAACAACUGCAACUGGCACCACGAACAACACCUCCACCGCCGGUUCUGCUGCAACUGGGGUCACUACUACAUCUUCUGGUGGCGUCAACAAUGCUGUCGAUACCCAGAAUGCUUUGCUUGGACGUACGAUCUCGGCCACGUCGAACGGUUCCGUGGCGAGCUCGAAUGCGACGGCGAAUGCGACGAACCAGGCUGCGGCCAACGCCAUGGCCGCGAUGAUGGGAAUGCAACAACUGCAGCAGAUGAACGGUUUCAACAUGUUUGCCCCACAACCUCCCCAACAACAAGCUCCGGCAGCAACUAGCGGAACGUCGACCACGGGGGCUGCUGCGUCUACUGCUGCGAACGGAAAUAACGGCAAAAAUCAGCAGCAGCAAAGUGCCGGUGGUCAACAACAGGAGCAGAACAAAAUGUCCUCGCAGCAGCAAAUGCAGAACGCUUUCCACCAGCAAUUCGCCCAGAUGAUGCAAAAGUCGUCGGUUUCCGCGCAGCAAACGGCGAACAGCAACAAUUUCAUGAUGAGCCUGAUGGCCCAACAGGCCAGCAUGUUGAUGAAUAACUCGAUGAUGCUGAACCCGAUGAUGAACCCGUUGUUUAACCCCGCGGCUGCCCUCAGCGGUUUGAAUAACCGGAAUGGACCGAUGAAUUUCCCACUGCCCGCGGCGCCCAUGCUGAACCCCUUUCUGGCCCCGGGCGCGAUGCCGCCGUUCCCGCCAAACAUGCCGCUCCCAAACAUGGCCGCGCUGCCGAACCCCAAUCUGGCUGCCAUGAUGGCGGCGGCGAACUACUUCGCCAACGGAGGUGCUGCAGGAGGUGCAAAUAAUAAUCCGAGUGCUGCUGGUGGUGUUCCCACGCACACCACUGCAGUUGGUGGACCUGGUUCCGGGAUGAUGGGUGCUGCGGGCAGUGCUGCGCCGCAGGGAGGUGGAGCUGCGCAAACUUCGUUUGGAGGUCCGACCAGUUUAGGCGGACAGGUGGCAGGCAGCCAGGGUAGUUCGGCAGCGCAGGGAGGGGGCUUUGGUCCUAAUACUCGCGGUAUAUCGUCGGCUGGGCCAAGCGCCAUGGAAAGCGGCUACCAUUCGACCAGCGGCGGUGGCAAGGCCAAUGCCUGGUCGCCGCAGUACCAGUAGUGCGGUAAUGCGGUUAAUUUUUAUCGGGGACAAAAAAGUUGUACAACAGGUCGUGGUGUUAGUGUUUCUUUUCUGAGAAGAAUAUUGAAAGAACAAUAUGUUGUACUGCCGAGCUUUAUGCGAAUACAGAAGAGAAUCACAAGAGGAAUGAAAAAUUCGAUGCAGUUUAUCAUUGAUUGGUCCAAUUUGAACUGCAUUUGAGUUUGAUCGAGAUGUGCCUGGAGGUGCAUUUCAGAUUUAUAAGUUUCUAGAAGAUGUUGAUAUUUCUCUCCUCUACUGCAGGACGAACACAUUUUACACUAGCAGCUGCAACCGCACUAUAGGCUCAACUUGGGACGUCUUCGAAAUAACGGGAACAAAGGGCUAUAUUCGUUUCGCUUCAGUGAUUGAAGUGCUGUGGAUAGAGCUUUUUUUCAACGGUAAUUAUACAGACUUUUUCGCUAGGUGGAGUUUGCAACGACUCUCCUGGUGCCUCCAAUAAUUGAUUUUUUGGCCGCUGUCCGCCUCUUUGCUUGGACGUUCUUACUGAAUCAAAUUUGCCUAAAUUUCUUAUUCUGCCGCCGGCUGCUGGAGCGAUGCUACGUAGCGAUGAGGAUGACUAUGUGCCGAUUUUUGUCCGAUGGAGCAGUGGUCUGGUGGGGAGAAAUAUAGAGCUUUUCUUUUUUCGUUCUCCACGGAUCAUGGCUCUAUUUUGACGAUUAUUUGGUAAGGGCAAUUAGAACAUGUAGGCCUAGGCCUCCUGUAGUUCCUAGCUGGCGACUCUAAAAAAAUUGUCGACGUGAUAAAAUGAUGAUGAGGUUUUGUUCAAGAUAGAAUGUAUUUACUGUGGUGUCGGAUUUUUGAUGUAAAAAUAUUAUUUCUCUUGUAUACAGUAAAUUCAUCAAAACGAAUUUUGGAAACCCAUCAUUUAGAGUUUCUGAUCAGCAACUCCAUUGAUCGGAAUUCAAAUUUAUAAAUUUUUUCUUGCUCGAAUAAUGGAUUGAAAAAAGUAGAAAAGAUAUUCACAGAAACAGGCUGCAU